AUGGACGAGGAGGCUCUCUCAGAAUCCCGCGAAUCCGAGACUUUCGACGAAGAGGACGAAUAUUCUAGCGAAGAAGACUCCGAGGACUCCGCUUCUAGCGACGAAGAAUCCGCUUCUAACAACGAAGAAUCCGCUUCUAGCGAAGAAGAUGCAGAAGAUCACAUUCAUCCUCACGCUCCAGGGGCACACCAACCCAACUCCGCCCCUCCUGGGACAUUCCGGCUUUGUGAACACAACUUCGGCAGCAAUACAGCUUCUAGUGACUUUGACUGGGAUGGAGACCCUUCGACUUUAGCUGUGUCGGAAUUGUUUCCCGAGUCCCUCCGUUCAAAGAUCAAUUCACUCAAAGAUCUCGACAAUCCCAAAGCGUACACUCCCAAGCAUUCCGUUGAUCCCAUCCAUGAACAAAAACUGAGCAGUCAAGACUCUCAAAAACUAGCCGAUUACCUCAAUGCCAAGUCACAUACUAGGAGUUGGGUCGUGGCCAAUUCAUCAGCAUUUCUUCCACAAGAACGUCACUUUUUCUACGUGGGAGGCCAAUCCAAACAACAGCAUCAUUGCUGUGGAUCCUAA